UCCUCCUCCUCCUCUGAAGUGUGUCUGUAGGUGAAUGUUUGGGUCACAGCCGCUCAUCCAACCAGCAGCCUGAACACACAACAGUGAGAAGGAAUAAGGACCAUCAGUGAAACGGAGAGAAGCUUGAACAGGUCACUGGCGGUGCUGAAUGUGAGUGAUGGAGCUGAAGGUUUGGGUGGAUGGUGUGUUCAGAGUGGUGUGUGGCCUAUCGCUGAACACUUCCUGCCAGGAUGUCGUCAUAGCUCUUGCACAAGCAAUUGGUCAGACAGGUCGUUACAUUCUUAUGUUGAAGUUACGAGGGACCGAGAGACAGCUAGUUGCUGAUGACUGCCCUCUUCAGUAUCUGGGUCAGCUGGGACAGCUGGCUGCAGAGGUCCAGUUCAUUCUGCGGAGGACUGGUCCCAGCCUCAGUGAUGGUCCAGACACACCCACCAGAGAGAGACGUCUUCCCCUGCCCAGACCAUCAGAACCAGAGGCCCUCAAACGCAAGGAGCCACACAAGGCUCUCACCUUCAGUCUGGGUCCCUCAAAACUCCCCAGGAGGACUAAACCAAACAGUUCCUCGUCUCCGUCUCCUCGAGCCUCCCCAGAACUGCAAGCUUCCCCAGUCUCUUUCCUAGACCCUCUCAACCCUGUGAAGGAAAUUUGCUCCUCCAAAGAUGAGGCGUUUAGGCAGAUUCUGCAGCAACAGAGGAGGCUACAAGACCUGGAGAUUCAGCUUCAGGCUCUGGAGAGAGAGACAGAGGUGUGGGAGCAGGUGACGUCAUCUGCUGCGGUUCCUAGUCCGUCUCUGGUCCCAGCAGGGGAACUGGAGGAACUGGAACAGCGGCAGAGGCAGAACGAGGCAGAGCUGAUGGACAGAGAGAACUGGGAGGAAGAGUUACAUGCCGAGAUGGAAAGAGAGCAAGAUAUGCACAGACGUCUACACCAGAUACACUCAUCAAUGGAUGAUCACAGUUAUCGGAUCGAGGAGCUCCAAGCCCGUUCUGCACAUCUAGAACAGGACCUACAGCUCAGAGCCCACAGACAAGGCUCUCGGGCGGACACUCGGCAGCUAGAGGAGGCCCUGAGGCUCCUGAAGCAGGAGCUCCACCUCCGCCUGCAGCAGGGAGAAGAACUGGAUGCAGCGCUGACGGAGACACAGAGGAAGCUACAAGCUGCAGAGGAAAGGCUACAGAUGGGAGAUGACUGAGGAGCUGAAUAAGGAGCUGAGACAGUGUAAGCUGCAGCAGUUUAUCCAGCAGACUGGCAGUCCACACGCAGACCAGACAAACUCCCUGCCCGUCACUGAUGUUUACCUCAGCAACGCUGGUGUAAUAGAGUAGGAGCAGACAAGUCACUGUACGUCUUUUUUUUUGGUUUUGUUUAAAAGGAUUAUUACCAGCUGUAGAAGAGGUUUACAGAUCCAUUACUAAGCAGAAGUUGGACCACUGUGUUAAAACACCUUCAAGUAAAAGUCCUGCUGACUUGAUUUAAGUAAAUGUACACAGGUAUCAAACGAAAAAGUACUGACAGUGAAGAAGAGUCGAGUUUAGUUCCACUGUCAGGUGAAAAUCCUCCUUGUACCUCCAGGUUUGGGGAUUUUCAUACAUUGAUACAUUACACACAUUUUUACCCUACAACAAACAAACAAACACAAGUUAUCCCAUACGUAACGCAAACUUACUCAGAGUGUCUGAUAAAUGCAGUGGAGUAAAAAGUACAAUAUUUUCCCCUGAAAUGCAGCAAAGGAAAAGUGUAACGUCCAUGUUUGAUGAAUGCAAGCUCAAAACAACAGAAACAAUCAUGAAUAAUUCAACUUACGCAGAUGUCUGACACUGGCACUUUCUCUGUUUCCACUGCAGGACAUCAGGGACUGGAAGUGAAACAUGUUCUCUGAAUCCUCUAAGGCCCGUCCAGUGUGUGUGUGUGUGUGUGUGUGUGUGUGUGUGAGUCUGAUAAGCCAAUCACUGCCAGUGUCUUUGAAAUAAAAUAAAACAAAUGUUUGUAUUAUAGUAAUUAAUAUUUUCUACUUGAACUUGUUACAUGAAGUCUUUAUUGUAAUUCAUUGCUCGGAUACCUUUUUGUUUUAUUUUUUCAUUUCGUUGUUUUUGAAAACUGCAUAUUCUCUGUUGCAAUUCAAGCUCACAUGAAGCUGUUUAUCUCUGCUCCAUCAGAGGGCGACAAAGCUUAAUCUGUAAUGAGAUGCUGUUUUUACUUCCCUUGCACUGCCUGCGUCAGACUGUUCAGAAGCACAUCCGUCUUCAUACUCAGCCUCAAGCGUCCCAGGUGAUGUCUUCCAAUGUCUCGUUUGUCCGACCAACAGUCCAAAACUGUUAAUAAUAAAAAAAUAUUUAAUCAGAAUCAGAAUCAGCUUUAUUGGCCAGGUAUGUGUACACAUACAAGAAAUUUGACUGUGGUUUUUCGUUGCUCUUAAUGUACAUACACAGAAAUACAGCAAUCCAAUCCAAACACCAACCACCUCCCUCCAGAUAUUCUGCUGUCAGUGAUGUUGUUGUGACGGGGGUCUGUCUGGCAGAGCGUCAGCUCCACAGACCUGAGGACUCUCAGAUGAGGCUAAAAGCUGAAACAGAAAGUUACCACUCUGCUUUUUUUGCCAAGAAGAAGUCUGAACAAUCAUUAAGCAUAUUUUGUAGAAGGAAAAAAAUCUCGAGACAAUGUUGUUGUUUUUUUUUUUCACAUACUAUACAGUGUGAGGACUAUGUCUAUAGUCUCUCCCGGUGCUGUAAUCUACAGUAGGCUGAUCUAAUUGCUUGUAAUCCAAUCUGAUGUGAUGUUAUUUGAUCUAAUCCAAUCAAAUCUGAUCUAAUCUACCGUAUAAAACAUUCAGAAAGUACAGUAGGUCAGCUGGCUACAGUUUCAUUAAAAAAAAAUUCUCCAAAUUGCCUCGUUCUCAAAUACAAAGAAACAACAUUUACAAUCUCAGAGAGAUGAGUUAAAAUGAUUAUGAGCAACAACACGCUGGUAAAGUGACAUUUUCCAACUCUCUUAACAUCUCAUUGUUUGUGUUAUUUAACACUUUAUUGUUCUGUCCCUUGGCUGCUUCACACGUUUCCAUCCAAUGUCACGUGCACAGUUUCUGUUCGUUGUAAUCAAAGGCUACAUCAAUAAACAUGACUUAAAUGAUGAGCAGUUA